CGCCGGUCCUCGCACACUCUGAGUCCUUGGUCUCGCUGCCGGAAGUGGGGGCGCUUCGGGCGCGCGCGCGCACCGGCCCCCCCGCACGGUCCCACCCGCGCUCCUGCCGUCCCGGUGCCCGUCGGCGUGCCCCGGUUUCCGCAUCCGCCUCAGGACGCUUCCGUUCGUAGUGGGGACGGUCCCCACCGCGAGGGCCGUCCAGAGUGUGCUUGCGAGUGGGCUACCUCGACUUCCGAUCCCCCUCACUUCGCGCCUCUGAAUUGGUUCAUCUCAUUUUCCCCCAGGCCUGUGGGUACAGUUACCGAGAUCACUUUCCUCCUCAGGGUUUUCUACAGACCUCCACAUGGUAGAAGGGACUCAGCAGAGAAUGAGAACCUUAUCCUGUCAUCUGUGAGCCAUUCUUCCCACCUGCAUUCCCACUGUUUGCUGCCCUCAUGUCUGCUUUACUCUUGAAUCUGGAUUUUGCGGAAUGUCCUCCCAAAAAAUCAUUAGAAGGAAAUGCCAAGCAUCGAAAUUUUGUCAGGAGGCGACGGUUCUUGGAACAGAGAGGAUUUUUGAACAAAAAGAACCAGCGUCCUAGUAAAGUACCUAAGCCACACUCAGAACCUACAAAGAAAGGGGAAACUCCAAGAGUGGACGGCACUGGGAAGAUCCACCCUCCCCAAAGAAAGAAGACAGCUGCCUCUAGCGACGGCUCAGAGCAGUCCCUGGACAAGAAAGCUGCGGUGUCUUGGCUGACCCCUGCCCCUUCCAAGAAGACUGAUUCUGUUGUGGGUAAAGUAGAUUUGCUGGGGGAGUUCCAGAGUGACCUUCCCAAGAUUAAGAGCCCCCCAGCCCGCUCCCAGAAGAAGCCCCUUCAGAAGAAGCCCCCUCAGAAGAGUGCUGCACAGAAUGCCCCCCAGGCGCACUCAGACAGCGUACGCUCUGGAGCGUCCCAGAAGCCAGGGAAGAUGGUGGCGAUAGACUGUGAGAUGGUGGGCACGGGUCCCAAGGGCCACGUCAGCUCCUUGGCUCGCUGCAGCAUCAUCAACUAUGACGGGGAUGUGCUUUAUGACGAGUACGUCCUGCCCCCCUGCCCUAUCGUGGACUACCGGACCCGGUGGAGUGGCAUCCGCAAGCACCACAUGCUGAAAGCCACACCAUUCAAGACUGCGCGGAGCCAGAUCUUGAAGAUCCUCUCCGGGAAGGUCGUGGUGGGACAUGCCAUCCACAACGACUUCAAAGCCCUGCAGUACUUUCACCCCAAGCCCCUCACCAGAGACACCUCCCAGAUCCCUCUCCUCAACCGCAAGGCCAGCUGCCCGGAGAAUGCCACCAUGUCUCUCAAGACUCUCACCAAGAAGCUGCUGGGCCGGGACAUCCAGGCUGGAAAAAGCGGACACUCCUCUGUGGAAGAUGCCCAGGCCACCAUGGAGCUGUACAAGUUGGUUGAAGUUGAGUGGGAACAUCACCUGGCCCAGAAUCCCCCGAAAAACUAGCAGCUGUGGGGCGGCAGACACAGCACCCAGGAGAAUAGGCAGCGGCCUGGGGAGCUGGCAUUGUUGGGGGAGAGGCUUCACCCCACUCAAUAGCCUUUGCAAUCUCACCUCA